AUGAGUUUCCCCAGGAAUCCCUGCUCGUUUUCAACAGAGGAAGACACAAACGGUGUAUGUCUCUUAGUUUCUCUCUUACGUUCUCUUCUUCCCCACAGUGAGCGGAAGCAGGAGCAGGACGAGGAGGGCAGCCGCUGCCUCCUGCUGUCACGUCAGAGCUGCUUUAACCAGCGCUGCUGCAUCCGCUGCUGCCUGCCCUUUACCUUCUUGUUCAAUCCCAAACACCAGUGUCAGGACUGUCGCUUCAAUGUCUGCAAAGGCUGUCGGGUCUACAGCAAACAGGAGAAAUGCUGGCUGUGCUGUGCAUGCCAGAAGAGCAGGCUGUUGAAAACACAGUCACUGGAGUGGUUCUACAGCAAUGUGAAACAGCGCUUCAAGAGGUUUGGAAGUGCUAAGGUGCUGAAGACUCUUUAUAGGAAACAUCUGGCAGAACACGGCGCACUCUCAGAACUUACUGGCAGCGCCUAUGAGGAGAGCGUCUGUGAUGAGGGCAGUGUGUGUGAGAGUGACUCAACCUUCUGCAGACAAAGUGAAGAGCACAGCACAGUGGAGAUGCUCACUGUGGCCCUGCGAGUGGCAGAGGAGGCCAUAGACGAAGCUAUUUCUAAGGCAGAGUUUGAGUCUGCCAAGUCGUUUCUGUGCAGUCCUGACAGAAAGAAUUUUUUUUUGUAUUUAAUGAAUCUGACAGGUUUACUCUGCUUGUCUGUUUCUGAUUCUAUGGGUGUCUGUAAUUGCACAACUGGGGAAGGGGUGUCAUCAGUUCUGAAAAGCCCAGACGGGAACUGGAUUGCCCUACAGAGUGCUCAGGGGUCUCAUCCCAGCCUGCUGACCAAGAGGAAGAGUCAGGUCUACAGUGCUUUGGAGAGAGAGUCUGGAGUGGUGUCCGCCUACGAAGGCAUGGAUUCUGACAAUGAGACCCAACUCCAUCCUGACACUUCCUGGGGGGCCGCCCUUCAGGAGAUCCAUAGGAAGAUGACAGGAAGUAACUUCGCGCUGCAGGACAAUCUGGAGAGCGUCCACUCACCGCGAACGAGCUGUGGGAGCAGUAGAGACGAUCUGCUGUCAGACUCAGAGGGCAACAGGAAAGUUAACAAGGCCCUGCUGGCCCUUUUUCAAAGGAAGGUGCCUGUAGAGCUCAGGCGACCGUCAGCAUCCAGAAGGACGAGUAUCAUCGAUGUCCACUUCACUGCUGAGGAAGUGGAAGAUACUGAGGACAAAAUGGGCAAAGUAGGACGUGAGCUUGAAGUUGGAAAAGUGAGGAAAUCAUGGAAAGAGAAACGAAAAAGCAGGAAGAACAAAGUACCAGUGACUUAUGCAGUGGAUUCAAUCAAAAACAACGCCCAUUCCCAGUCUUCUCCUGAUGCGGCAACAUCUGAUACUUUGACCUCUGAAGGCACCACACCUGUACCUGAACCCGACUGUGACCUGACUGGGCCUGGAAUGACUGACACGAACAAAGAGAACAGACUGAAACCACAGGAGCCACCGGACAGAGACUGGGAGGCACCAAAGGAAGACAAUGAAGAGAGAAACAAAAGAUGGGAAGACGUUGAUGAGGAAGAUAGGAAAACGGAAAUUGAUGAUGACAGAAUGGAGGAUGAACCAAAAAGAGAAGGAGAUCUAGACAUAGAUGAAGAGUUGAAGUGCAGGUUUUAUAAACUCAUUGAGAAAUCCCGACUGGCUUAUUUUUUGUCUACCUAUGAUUUAGAUGAACCUGACCAGAGUGAAGUAGAACUGGAUGAAAAUAUUAAGGUGGAAAUAGAUGAGGAAGAGCAGGAGAGGAGUGAGGGACUGACCUUCAAACUCUGUCGACUGGAAAAGGAAGUGAAGGCAACACAGUUUUCAUCUACAGAAGAUGAACUAGACAGAGUCGGAACUGAAAAAAAGAACGUGGAUGAUGAGGAUGGACGCCAUGACAAGAUGGUUGUGGAAUUAUGUAAAUUAGCCAACCAGGUAAAAGCAUCUCAGUUUUCUUCUACGGAGGAUGAGUUAGACAGGGCGGGAAGACGUGGAGACAGGGAGCGAGGGACAGAGGAGGACAUCCUGUGGAAGUUACAGGGACACACAUCUGCUCAGCUACGAGAUUUGGUCAGUCUCGUCAGCACCGCUCAGUUUUCAUCCACAGAUGAGGAGCUUGACAGAGUUACAAUAAAUGAGGAAGAAGAAAUAAUGAAGGUGAAGAGAGCAGGAAGCAGCACCAGCUCAGAAGAAGGUGAGAUUGGAGAUGAGCAGAGAAAAUCGUUUGCUGACUUGGACGUGCAAAUGUUUGACCUCAUGGAGGAAACAAAAGACACAAAUGAAAAGUGGUGCAGUGAAAAUGCAGCAACUAAAAAUGUCACGGAUGAUCGAAUCAAGACGGAUAGCAAAACCGAAGAAACAUCUCCAGAAAAAUAUUAUUUAGAAAAGUCUGAGACGGAACAUGUAUGUGAAGAUGGGAGUGGAAAUGCAAAAGAAGGAGAAGAAAGAGAAGAGAUCAUGUUGAAGUCAGAGUAUAAUGAACAAGAAAAGUCAUCGAAGGAGGAACUCCGAAAAGAGAAAUGGAGAUCGGCAACAAGCAGUGAAGAUGAAGACGCUGAACUGGACAGGAUUAUCAGCAGCAUGUUGACGUUGACUUUAGAGAACAUGCAGGGGAAAGGAUGCAAUCAGGAAUCAGCUGAAAGUAGUCAAACAAAAGACGAGCAAAAAGGUGACGUAAAAGAAAGCACUGGUAAUGCACAAAAACACGCAGGAGAAGAUGAAAGGGCUCAGGGUGGAGACAACGACAUGCCAUCAGUAGAUGUUUCUACAGAGGAAGAGACUGAGGAAGUGACCGGUGAAAAUAAAAACAAGCAGGAGGAAAGAGUAGACGGCCACCGAGACCGAAGAAAUGUCCUAGAGCAGAGAUUUAAUAGAAGAGAAAGAGACAUCAUGGAUAGAAGCAAAGAAAUGGAGACAGAGGCCGAACUGAUGAGAACACAGGAUGAUGCAGCCGAGGAACACUGUGUGGGUACAGACAUGCAAGGACAUUUUGAAGAGCAGAGAACGUCUCUGCCACAGGAGGGUUUUCCUACAGCGGUUGAGCUCCAACAAGUCACAGCAGUAACGUAACUUUUUAUUUCUCAAAAUGGUUCAUUAUUAAUAUUGUCCCUCCAUAACUUAUCACUUAACAAACCAUCAAAUACCCACCAUGAAUCUGUUGAACUGAAGUGUUUCUCAAUGUUCUCUGUCUACUGUGAUGAAAUUGAUGAACCUAGAAGAAGAGACAAGAGGGUAGGGAGACAGAGACACCUCACAGUCCUGACUUGGCAAAGACUUUAUGACAAUGAUAGAACUCGUCAAGGACGUAGGAGACAAGUGGGAAACACGUCUUCACAUCUUUUAAUUAGUAAC